AUGGCAAUCGAAGCCGCUCGAAGACGUGCAGCGCAACUUGAUAUUCAGAUAUCCCAAUUUGAGCUACGGGAAGUGAUUGUUGGUUCAGCACUUGUGCUCAGCGACGAUACGGACGCAGAAACCAACAUUACUCUUCGUCCUUACACUGAAGGUACUCGUGGAUCAUCUGAUGUCUGGGAUGAAUUCCGUGUUUGCUCAUGGACCUCGAAACGAGGAUGGACAGAGCACUGUACUGGUCAAGUGCGGGUUCGCUCCGACCCCAAACAGCAGGCGGCUGCGAUCUCGAGCGCUUCCAAGAUUCGAAACAAACACACGAAAGCCCAAAUUGCUCAAAUCGAGAGAUCGGCUACGAACUAUCUUGAUGUGACCCACAUGUAUCAGGUGCUCAGCGAUCUAGGGGCCGGAUAUGGCCCUACCUUCCAGGACAUCGAUAACUGCUAUUCCAGCCCUACUCACUCACUUGCUGAUUUGCAUGUUAGAGAUACUAGAAAAAUUAUGCCGAAGGGGUUUGAGCCACCCUUGACCGUCCAUCCAUCAUUCCUUGAUGGACUUUUGCAUCUUGUUUGGCCCAUCCUUGGCCAGGGCCUAGGUCGAAUGGACCUGGACACACUUUACAUGCCAACAAUGAUUAAACGGGUGACAGUCAGUCUCAACGUGCCGACUGACGCUGGCGAAUAUUUGAAGGCCUACUGCAAUGGUAAUCCUAGCUUGCCUUCACCAGAACCGACCAAAUUCGAUCUAUUCGCUGUGCGGGAUGGCUCGACAGAGCCCGUAAUUUCAAUGGAGCGUCUGGUAAUGACUCCACUCAGAAAUCCAGAAACUCACCGUGAAGACACUCGAAAACUGUGCUAUAAGAUCAAUUGGCACCCCCUUGCGGGAAUCGAAAACAUCGUGGAAGGAGAUGGCGACCAGCGUGACGAUGCUGCAGACUUCGACGGCGGCAAUGCAUGUACCAAUGGAGCCGGAAACUCAAACCGAACCGUCAAAGUCAAGGGUCACACGCGUGUAACGGGUAAUGAUGCCACAUCGAGACCUGAUCUCUUCAUUUCACACUUUGGAAGUUCUGAUGGCAUUGGUGAUAGACUGAGCAUUGCACUUUCUGAGGCAUCCGGUUGGGAUGUUUCUGUGCAAACAUUCGGCGAAACAGACUACACUUUGAAACAUAUUGUUCUGCUUCAAACUGGAAGUAGCUCCCUCCGGAAUCCCACCGCGGAUGUAUUUGAGAAUCUCAAGAAGGCGUUGCUCAAUGCUCGAGCUGUGCUUUGGGUCUACCGCACUGAUUAUCCUGAUGCUCAAAUGACAGUCGGCUUGACCCGUACAUUACGCUCAGAGACUUUGGCCAAGAUAGCUACCCUGGGGUUGGCUCCUGAGCACAUCGGUAAUCCCGAGAAGCCAAUACAGGCGGCGAUCAAUGCUUUAUGGCCCAUCGAUGGAACUGAGCCUUGUCAAGACUUUGAAUUCAAGGCCAGAGGAUCGGAGCUCUUCGUCCAACGUGUCGUGAAAGAUGAUGCUGCCAAUAGCUUUGUCCACAACGAGACCCACGACAUGACAAUCUCCACCCAACCAUUCAGUCAACCCGGGCGCCGGUUUAAGAUCCAAGUUGGCAGCCCAGGUUCCCUUUGA